ACAAGGAGGAGCAAUUUUAAAAAAAAAGGAGGAAUAAAACUGAGAGUGGAUUACAAAGGGAGGAGCCCCAAGAAAAAUAUAUAUCGAUGAGACUCUUGUCUUGUGAUCAGUCCGCGCACAUCACGUCCUGGUGAAGCUGAACUAUUUACUGGCAUCAAACAUGAGAGCUAUUGUUUUGCUGUGUCUGCUGCAUGCAGCUUUUGCUAUGCAAAAUCCCUGGAACGGACCUGAGAGCACAACAGUGCAACCACGGUCCUCCAUCAACAGCGAUUGUCUUCAGGACCAGGCGUCGUGUGGCUGCUGUCUGAUGCAGAAGCAGAUAAAGAGGACGGAGAACUACUUUCAUCUGGCCCUUGAGAAGAUGAACGAGGAGCUGACAACUUCAAAGAUGGCGCUCAACAAUAUGAGAGCCAGCCGCAGCGCCUUCUCCGUCGGCCUGACCGACAGCACGAUUUUCAGGUGCUACGGCCCGCUCUCUGAAGACCAUGCCAUCGCCUAUAAGCAUGUCUUCCUCAACCUGGGUGACAACUACAACACAGAAACUGGCAUCUUCACCGUGACCCGCUCCGGCGUCUACAGCUUCGCCUUCACCAUCUUCGCCUCCCUCCCCUUUGGCAUCAACGCGGCCACCUGCGCCAGCCUGAUGGUUAACGGCGAACCGGUGGCCAAGCUCUUUGAAAACAAAGGCCAGGACUCUGAGGACAGCAGCUCUGUCGUUCUGGCCAUACGUCUGAACGCUGGGGAUAAUGUGACCGUCAACCUGCUCAAAGGAUGUGUCGUCUGCGACAGCAGCAGCCACUAUAACACCUUCACCGGCUUCCUGCUGUACGCGACUGACUAAGUUAGUGAAGAGUAGCCACUCCAGGCUUCAUACCAUCUUGAGCCCAAGAUUUAAGUCUAGAUGAAAACUUUCUGUGGUGACUUGUAGCCUCUAAUCUCUGUCUAAUCUGAUGUACUCUCACUUGUUCCAUACACACUGCUCCCAUUCUUAUUUUGUCCUGAGAUCACGUCCCAUUAAUUGUUAAGUUACCUUUUGAGAGACGCCAAGUUUUUUAUCCAUUUUGUCUGGAUUCAAAAAAUAAAAAAUUGCUUUUAUGUCUUUUUCAUGUCACAUAUCAAGUAUCUUGUUUGUAAUAGCUGCUGAUUUUCAUCUUACUGAUGUGAAAUGAUGUAAACUGAGGUAGAAAUAUGGCUUUUUAAAAACAAAUCUGUGCCUGAAACUUAACAAAAUAA